GGGUUAGGGUUUUUCCCUGCACUCUCUCCUACAAAGUUUUUAGACAUAAAACGCUACGUUUCAGUCUUUUUGAUAACUUGAAUCACAAAAGUUUUGGUUUUGAGCGGUGGUUAUUCGUCAAGUUCUGGGCUUUUGCGCCCGUGGUCGUUCAAAUCCAUGAUCAUCUGCAUCCCAUGGAUCAGUCUCCUGGCCAAACCACUCCUCCGAUUGAAGAAGACGAGUGGGACAAUGAUGACUUCGUGAUUCCAAGCUUGGGAAUAGGAGACCCAGAUCACAGUAGAACUGAUGUUUCAGAAGUAGAAGUUUCAAAACCAUCUUCCCCAAAGGCUAAAAAAGAGGAGAAUAUUUACCUGGGACCCCACGGAGCUCCUCCAUCACAAUCAAAGCAGCAAGAGCUGAGCUCUUCCAGUCGUAAGCAGCGGUUCAAGCAGAAACUGAAGGAAGCCGACAGCAGGAUCAGUGGGACGGGAAGAGAGAAUAAGUUGGAGAAUCUGAGAGAACUUGUGGGUGGUGGAAAAGCAGGUGUCAACAUGUCAAAGGAUUCUACCAAGGAUUGGCUAGACCCACAUUGUCACGAGGCUCAGUUUGAGAAGUGGUACAACCAUUAGGUGGAGUAUCUUAGAGCUUAACCUUUAUAAAGUCUUUUCUAUUUCUCUCAAGGUGGAAUAUAUUUAUUAAGGUUAUGUAUCUUGACAAUAAGCCUCUGGUUGGACCUAUUGGUAUUGCUACUAUUGCAGAAGAUGCUGUGUUGAUGAAAUUUAUGUCAUGUUUGCUAUUUCUAUAUUCCUUUC